AUGACCGAGGGAAGCCUGUCGCCGUUUUUGGAACGGCCACUGCAUGUAGAUGGCUCACACUCAACUGACAAAGAAAAGCUUGCUCGCUUGGAGUAUGAGCUUGCAUCAAUGAAAACCGAGAAACGGCUUCUCGAACAAAGCAAGGAGUCUUGUGUGGCCAGGUAUGAGCUGCUUCUCUCGCGGAAGAACGAGGAGUUUUCUCACUUGCAGAGUAACUUUGACUUUGUCUAUAAUCAGAGGAAGGAACUUCAGCUGAAGGUGAAGAACCAGGCAGAAGUCCUGGGAAAGUCUUCCAGUGAUAGCGAGCAGCAGGUGAGAAGCCUUGCAUCAGAAAAUAAAAAGCUCACAGCUAAGAUCGACAAAUUUGAGCGGGCGCUUCAGAAAGAAACCGGUCAACGUGAGCACUUGUGCUCAGAUCUCAAUAGGGAACUUGCUGCUAAUGAUCAAUAUAGGGAGAGAAUCUCCGUGCUCGAGGCCGAGAAUAAGAAGCUAGUGGAACAAAAUACGACUCUACUGGAAAGAUCGUCUAUGUUAUCUGCACUGUUAGAAAGCGAAUAUGCGAGGAAAAACGAAGACUUAAAUCUCCGCGUUCUUUCGCUUCAGAAAACGAACAACGAGCUUCAGUUCAAGUUUGAUCUGAUCCUUCAGCUGAAGACGAGUAUUGAGCUAUUAAAGCUGAAAAACGCCUCCCUUUCACAAAAAUUGAAAUCCCUUGAAGCCACUAAAAGCCAUGCUUCCCAAUUGGAGCUGGAGAAUGCCGCACUACAAGCGAAGUUUGACGAAUAUUUUGGUGUGAUCAGUGCAACAGUCGAGUGUCACAACAGCUCAUCUAGGGAGGAGGUUGUCACGAAUUUUGUGCAAGCUUUCAAGAUGCUCCAAAACAAGAAUCUCGUUCUUAUGGAUAAACUCAAUCAAUUUCAGGCAGAAAUCAGCGAGCUACAACAAAGUCACCAAAACUUGCGUGAUGAAAUUGAUUCGGAACAUAUUCCUCAAAUAAAUUCAUUAAGGACUCAGCUUUCAACGCAGAAAAAUAUUGCUAGAGAAUUAGAAAAAGUGAAGAUUCUAAAUGGAAAGGAAAUAGAGUUUUUGCGAAAGUCUUUAAAAGACAUGGAUGACCUCACCUCAAAACGAAAGCUCAUGCCUUCAUCCCUGACCCCUGAUAACACAGAAAAAGUCGCCAUGAAUCAAUACUUGACUAAUUUGGAAAAAUUAGUGGACGAAUACAAACAAGAAAUCGAGCAGUUGCGCAAAGAAAGCAAUAAAGAACACGUCAAACAUAAUUUGCCAACAAAAAGGCCCCGUCUAAUCGAAGAAGAUGACGUAAAGACUAAAUCAACACAUUCUUUAACUGAAAAUUUGGAGCUCUUGGCGCAGAUAAAGAUUCUCAAAGAUGAAUGUGAUCAAUUGAGAAAGAAACUUAGAUUGUUCAGUGAGGAUGCCAGCCGAUCGUCGCAACAGAUUUUAGAACUUCGGUCAAAUCCAUUUUCUGCAGAUCAGCUGAUCAAACAAGAGACUCUUGAUUUGCUUCGAAAAGAGAAUCUGGAUUUGAUUGGAAAGUAUUUGAAGUCGGAAAAUAUUGAUUCUAUCCCCAAGUCGCUCUUUGUUCGACAAGAAAAUGACAAAGAGAUCUUGCAAAGCAAGAUAAACAAUCUUUUGAAGCAAAUAAGUCGUCUUAAGUCAGUAUAUGCCGAAAAGAGUCGCGAUAUCGUGGCCAUACUAUCACGCUUCUUUGGGUACAAAAUUGAAUUCAUUCCCAGUCCAGUCAACCCAAAUGAUCUAUGUUCAAAAAUAAAGUUGGUCUCCAAGUAUGUUUCGAGUGAGCAUUCUGAUUCAAGCGCACCUUACCUUAUUAUUGAUGUGCACACAAAAACGCUUAAGGCAAACGGUAACUUCGAGUUCAAGAACAUAUGCGAAGAAUUAGUGGACCAAUGGGUCAGUGAAAAACAUCUGAUUCCGUGUUUUUUGAGUGCAUUGAACCUUAGAAUCUACGAAGACUCGAACAGAUUGAAAUAA